AUGUCUGGAAACGAACGACUACCGUCGACCUUGACCAAGCCGAGCUCCUUUUCUCAGUCGGGCCCGCUUGGCGCGGAUGCUUCGGAUUCAGUGUCCAUCAACGAUGUCUCAUCAGUCCCCAAGCCUACGAAGCGUCGGCGUACCGCUGAUUCAAAGAACAAACACUCCAAGAACCAACACUUCUACUUUGUUGAUCAGAACUCGUCUUCCAAAGAAAAGCGCGCCCAUGUUAUGCGCCACCAUGUACAGGAAAAAAGGAAGCAGCACAAAACCUCACGCACGGCCCACUCAGUCGACUCUGAGGCGGCAAUCGCCAGGUACCAUCAGCCAGGAACAUCCACGCCAGCCGCGCAGGCCUCUGACCUGACAACUUCGGUACGGGACUCACCUCUUCUGGCAUUGAACCAAAGCCGUCUGGGACUUAAGAGCGACAAGGAGCUUGGAGAUAAAUGCUAA